AUGUUUCCAACAAGAAGAAACAUUCCUUCAUUAUUGGGAGAAAUGGAAGAAGAAGAAGAAGAGAGAAUGGAUCAACAAGAACAAUCACAACAACAACAAUAUCAUCCUCCAAGCAGCAUGAUGACACUUCAACAACAACUACCACCUUCAUCUCUCGCACAGCUUGCUCAUCGACACUUUUCAAAUGUACAGCAUUCCAUCAUGCAUGUUCCAUCACAACCUAUUCAACAACAACAUGUUUUCAUUUACAUGGAAGAUGAUUUAUCUCAACUCACCUCUCAAAUCACUCCUCAACUUCAACAAAUGGUUUGGGAAGAAAUGCAAACUUUUCUAAGGAGAGAAUCCUCUUUGUCGUCGUCGUCAUCGUGGUCCUUAUUGCAACAACAACAACAACAACAGUAUGGUCAAGAAAUGAUGAUUGUUCAACCACCAUUCGGACAGCAGUACUCAAAAGAACAAUUACAACAAGAACUUUCUUUGACCACCACCGCCACCAGUACAACUUCUCACAUUCAACAACCUAUUCAACAACCACAAAUACCAGUACCACCACAACCACAACCACAAUCACAACCACUAGUACUCACACAGCAGCAGAUCAUGUCAGGUGGUACCAAUAUUUAUUCAACAGCAGCAGCAGCAACAGCCUCAGCAACAACCACCUCAACAACAACAACAACAUCAGCCCUGUCACUUCCUCCAAGUAUUAAUACUGCCCUCGUGACUUCUCAACACCACAAACAACAACAAGCACACAUAAUGACCUCCUCUUCGAAUGCAACCAUGAUCCUUUCAAAUAGUACAACCACUCCUUCAACUGAAAGAUCUUCUUCUCAAUUGAGUAAGACUCCUCCCAAUCAACCAACACCAACCACACCUACUGUGGUGGUUGGAUUUCCUUUGAGUGCCAUUGGACCUUUUCCAAAUGCAACUAGUUUUAAUCAGUAUACACAGCAAUCGUCGACCACACAAGUGAGUCCAUUUGUGGUGGGCAUGUCGUCAUCCUCAACAACAACAACAACAUCGACGACGACAGCAGCUACUACUACUCCACUAUCAGGAUCCACACCAAUGACAACAACAGGAGUCUCCAUUUCUUCUUCGACAUCGACCACUCUUGUUCCACCAACAAUAUCGACAUUGACACCACACAUUCAACCACCUUCCACUACAGCUGGAAAGGUGAAAAAGAAAAAGACAGCCCUUUCAAAAUUGACCAUUUCAUCAGCUUCAUCUUCAUCGAUGAAGAAUGAAAAUUUAACACCCAAUCAAUUGGAACAAAGUAGUAGCUCAACAACUCAAAUGCUGUUAGGAACCAUGUUCAUUGAUGAGAAAGGAAGAGGAAGACCACAAUCACCAACUCACAAAGCAAAAAGAGGAAGACCACGGGCCAAAACACCACCCUAUGAAGUGAAUAUUGGUGAUAAUUUAUAUGGAACGUAUAAAAGCAGUAGUAGCAAGACAGAAAGUUCUCCCAGUGGUGGUGGUGGAGCUGCUGCUACUUCUGAAGAAUCAAGCGAGUCACAAUCACACACCACAAGCAAAAGCAAAUCGUCGAAAAGAAAGAAGUGA